ACUAACCAUCUACCAGUUGUGCAUUCAUUCUGUCGCAGUUUUUGAGCUGCACAAUUGUCUGCGAUCGGAUAUGACGCUCUCCCUAGGCAACUGGCCUUGUCCUUUGGUUUUCUUCACGGUCUUCUUUAUCUCAACUGUUGACUGCAACCAGUGUUGUGGUACACUACACGAAAACAGUGCAGACCAGAUGUGGACUAGCACCAAUCUGGCCAACACUAAAAGAGUUCGAUUGUCAAGCAGCUGGUGGAAUAAAUCAAAUUUGCAGAAGCAACGUGGAGAUGCUCAGAAUACAAUGCAUGUGUGGAGCGAGUGGAAUGGCAACGACGACAGCCUCAAGAAUUCUACGAUGUGGCUGAAAACAGGAAAAGCUGGACAUGGCAAACUUUCAGGCAAACCAAUUCCUGAAUUUCAAUCAGACAGCGAAGCAACCCUGUGGGAGUGAUUGCGAGAAUAAUUGAACAGUUACAGACAUAUCAUCAUGAUCGAUGCAUUGACUUUGAACGACAAUUGUUUUAGAAAUUUUAGCUUGUAAAUUUGCAGACUUUAGAAUUGCUGCGGUACAUGACGCUAUCUAUUGUCAUGGUACGUAAGAAUGUGAUUAAGUGCAAUUAGAGUAUAUGUAUGCAUAAUUUUCAAAACUGAUCCAAUAAAAACACUUGAAUGA